AAUAAUUCAUUUAAUACCAUAACAGCAAUUGAAACAGCAUGACUUUAAUUGCAAAUUUUAAUUAUAUGACGAAUAUUUUUUAUAGUAAUUAAACAUGGCAACGGCUGCGAAAGGAAGAAAUGUUGAAGACCGGAGCGAAAUACCUCAAAAUUGUUCAUCGAUCAUACAUGAAAAUGCUGUCAAUACAACCGACUCGUUGCAGGAUUCUUCUGAAAAAUUUAAGAAGAGAAGUGGUACGACAGACGUAGGCAAAGACUACGAACAUCUCUACAUAGCGAACUUAAUUUUAAAAUUAAUAGUUAAUGGUGACGUAGAAGAUUUUUAUUUAUCGUCAAACGAUAGUGCAUAUGGUUCCUUCGAUGACGUUGUAGUUGAAAUUAAAUACAAACAUCGCACCGAAAUAUUUGCUAUUCAGUUGAAACACGUCAGCAGAACAGGAGGAAUACAAAUUGAGCAGUUAAAUGCAUCGAGUGGAAACUUUAGCAUCGAGAAGUAUUAUAAAGGCUUCAAAAAAGAGCCGAAGUUUUCUGAACGUCCUACCAAGAUGGUUUUGUUUACCAAUUCUAAGCUAAACGAUGAACACAUAGAUCGGUUUAAAUUUGGCAAAUUGACUCCAUGUAAGCAAGACGGUUUGCUAAGCACUCGAAUUUCCGAGUUGGGAGGACAGUGUUACAAAUUCGAAGAAAAAGAAGAUAAAUUCAAAGAAUAUGGAACUUUUUUUAAAGAUUUGUAUCUCUAUACUGGUCAAACAGAUGCCAAAGAACUGGAAACGUGUACACUUGAGAUGUUCAAGGUAUAUUUCAAAAGCAACGAAACCGUUUUCCGGGAGUACCUACAUUUUAUAACCCACUGGAGUGCGAAGGAAGGAAUCAAAUUCAAGUUAAAUAAAACAUGGAUGAAAAACAUGAUAAGCCUUUGUGUAUUUUCAUCUUCUAUCAAACCAUUAUCUUUUGUUGCCGGUGGAACAGUGAACUCCAAAAGAAAAAUUUUUAAAGAAGCUGUUUCGAAAUUUGACUUGACUCAUAUAAAUAAAAACAAUUUCAAGAAAAUCGCCUCAGUUUGGUCAAAUGCUGUCGACGAUAUAGAUGAUAUGCAAGAAGUAAUUAAAGUUAAUCACAGGUACCAACUUAUCGAAAACGGAAUAGCAACAAAAGAUAGUCUUUAUGAUAAAGACCCAACAAAAGUAUCGAAGCUCAUGUGGUUGCUGGGAAAAAGUCCGUUAGUCGUUGCAGGAUGCCCAAAAGUUUAUCAAGCAGUCGAAGUAUGCCAUGCUAAAAAUCUAAUUAUACUAAAUAACCGAAAAACUUUUAAUGAGAUGCCUAGUAAUGAUUCUGAUCGAGACAGUACAGGUGGCCAAAAAAAUCUACACGUGUUUCAAAAGUUCUCUGACUUAAAAAAACACAUACAAUUGUAUCAAGAAAUUCUAACGAGUUUUACAUAUUCAUUGCAAGGUCAACAAGAUGUUGCAUUGAAAUAUUAG